AUGGCGAUGGCGAUGAUCUCGGACUCCUCUCCCCAGCUCGGGCCCCCGGCGACGCUCGAUCUCGGGCUGGCCACACCGGCAUUGAUGGGAGAAUGCUCCGCCGCCGCGGGGGCGGAGCAAGGGGUCCAAUUGAGGAGGAAGGGAACGCUGGAGCAGCAGCUGAGAAAAGCCGCGGACGAGGAGCGUAACAUGGCAGCCACAACGACGACAGGGGGGGGCACGGUGGCGGCGGGGGCGGGGUCGGCGGCGGGGGCAGCAGGGGGGAGUGGAUCGAUUGGGGGCGGAGGGGGUAGCGGCGCUGGCGGGGCUGGCGGCGGCGCUGGCGGAGACGAGGAUCUCACCGUCAAGACAAUGCGUAAGCGCUACGAGGGACUGCUGCUAGUGAGGAGCAAGGCCGUCAAGGGCAAGGGCGCGUGGUACUGGUCACACCUGGAGCCGAUCCUCGUCCACAAUCCCGACACUGGCACGCCCAAGGCCGUGAAGCUGCGAUGCGGCCUCUGCAACGCCAUGUUCUCCGCCUCCAACCCCUCGCGCACCGCCAGCGAGCACCUCAAGCGCGGCACUUGCCCUAAUUUCAGCGGCGCCUACCGCCCCCUCGGAUCGUCCCCGCCUCCGCCAGCGGCGGGCGUGGCGGCCGCCGCUGCCGCGAUCGCCACCGCCACCACCCCGAAAUCCUCCUCCGGCCGCAAGCGCGCCGCGGCAUUGUCCUCGCAGAAUCAACAGCAGCAGCAGCAGCAGCAGCAGCAAAGCCUCGCGAUCGUGCCAGCGGCGCCACCGGCUCCCGGAUCGUCGGUUCCAGCGGGAUCGGGCGCGGCGGCGGCACCGGCGGCGCUGGAUGAGAGGCUGCCGCUCCACCUCUCGGGCGGCAAGGAGGAUCUGGGCGCGCUGGCGCUGCUCGAGGACAACGUGAAGCGGAUCAAGAGCCCCGGACUGAAGCCUGGUUCUAGCGGCGGUGGCCUCACCAAGGAGCAAGGGGAGGCCGCCAUCGCGCUCCUCGCGGACUGGCUCUACGAGUCCCACGCCACCGUGCCCCUGGCGGUGGUAGAGCAUCCCAAAUUCCGGGCCUUCCUCGCGCAGAUCGGGCUCCAGGGCGCGGCCAGCCGGCGGCUCCUGGCGGGGCCGCGGCUGGACGCGCGAUUCGAGGAGGUGAAGAGGCAAUCCGAGGCUCGGCUGGGCGACGCGCUCUUCUUCCAGAUCUCCACCGAUGGCUGGAAGCGCCGCUCGAUCUUUCCAAUCUCUCCUUCCUUGGCGCUGUCCUCCCCGGCGGCGAUGGCAAUGGCGGCGAUGGCGAUGGAUCCUUCUUCCUCCCCUUCCAGCGUCAGCGAUCUCGUCUACAUCACGAUCAAUCUCCCCAAUGGCAGCAGCCUCUUCUGGCGCGCGCUGCCGAUCGGCGGUAGCGGCGGGGCGAAGGCAGUGGAGGCGAUCCUCGAGGAGGCGGUGGCGGCGCUGUGCGGCGGAUCGCCGGAGCGCUGCGUGGGGAUCGUGGCGGACGCGGGCAAGGCGGUGAACAAGGCGCUGCGCGAGGUGGAGUCCCGGCGGUCCUGGAUCGUGAGCGUCCCCUGCCAGGCACAGGCCUUCGCCAGCCUCCUCCGCGACUUCGCCAAGCGAUCCCCGCUCUUUCGAUCCGUCGCAACCGACUGCCUCAAGCUCGUCGCCUUCUUCUCGGGCAAUCACCCCGCACGGACGCUCCUCCAGCGCUUCCAGCGCGACGCCUACGCGAGGAUCCGCGCCCUGGCGGAGCUCGCCGAGGCGGCGGCGACCGCAGCAGCAUCAGCGAGCUCCUCCUCCGCCAGCGCGGCCGAUCGCGACACGGUGGAUCCCGCGCUGGCGCUGCUCCUCCCGGACGGGAUCGCCGCCAGCGCGCGCGCGCUCCACGCCAUCGUCGCGGACGCGUCCUUCAAGAUGGUGUACGCUGGCGGGGACGACCCGGCGGCGCGCGAGGCAUCGGAGAUCGUCCUCUCGCAGGGGUUCUGGAAGGAUUUGGAGGCGGUCCAGGCGAUCUCGCGGGUGGUGGCGGUGAUGAUCCGCGACAUGGAGGCCGAGCGCCCGCUCGUCAGCCAGUGCCUGCCAAUGUGGGAGGAGCUCCGGGACAAGCUCAUGGAUUGCUGCGCGCGGCAUGGAAAGGAUCAAGCGUCGAUCAUGCGGCUGAUCCAGGCGCGAUUCACGACGAACUACCACCCGGCGUGGUCGGCUGCGCUGGUACUCGACCCGCUCUACCUCGUCAAGGACGCAAACAACCGCUACCUCCCGCCAUACAAGAUCCUGAGCUCCGAGCAGGAGAAGGACGUGGAUCGGCUCAUCACGCGGCUGGUUUCGCGCGAGGAGGCGCACAUCGUGCUCAUGGAGCUCAUGAAGUGGCGGUCCGAGGGGCUGGAUCCGCUGUACGCGCAGGCGGUGCAGGUGAAGGAGACGGAUCCGGCGACGGGGAGGGUGAAAUGUAUGAGCGGGCAGAGCCGGAGGCUGGUGUGGGAGACGUGCUUGAACGAGUUCCGGCUGCUGGGAAAGGUGGCGGCGAGGUUGAUCUUCUUGCAUGCGACGUCCGGGGGGGUGAAGAGCUGGGCGCUCAAGGUGGCGGGGAAAGGUGGCGGAGGGUUUGGAGGCGGAUUUGGGGGCCUUGGGAGGGUGGCGGCGGAGCGGGCGGGGAAGAUGAUGUACGUAGCGGCGCACGCGAAGCUGGAGCGGCAUGAUUUCGUGACUGACGAGGAGCGGGAGUUUUUGGCGGCGGCGGUGGAGGAGGAGGAGGAGAUGGGUGGCGGCAGCUUGGCACGGACGAGUAGUGGGACUAACAGGGAGGGUGCCGACGGUGGGAAUGGUGAAGAUUGGGGGGAGGAGUCGAUCGAAAUAACGAGAGAGGCGAGGCGACUGAGGAAGAAAUUGGGACUCUUGGAGGAGGAUCAAGAUUUGCUUGGCACCGGUUUUGAUGGGACAGUGUCUGGUUUUGGUUCGAGGAACUUAAGGAACGGUUCAAAUCAAUCAAGCAAACGGGAUAAGGAGACGACGACGAUAUCUGGAUCUGCGGCGGCGAUCGUCUUAACGUUAAGCCUCUUGCUUUUCUGCGUAGUUUUGGCUUUCGCUGAAUUCAAUCAAGAGAAGAACGGGCUUUGA